UGGCCUCAAACUCUUCACUCAAAACCAAAACAAACAAUACUUGGAAUCACUUUCUUCUCUCGACUCGUGAGAGACAUGUCGUGUCCUUCCGUCGGCCGCACUCUCCGGCCAUGUCGUCGUCCGUCACUCUGUCUCCUCCUACUACUCGUCUUUCUCCUGCUCUCAUUGGUCGCACUCGUCGUCCGCCUCCGAACGCCUCCCUCUGAACACCGAUUGUCCGCCAACACCUCCCAAGCCGUCCGUCGCCACCAUUUCUACGAUUCGGACCACUCUUUCAAUUUGCGCUUCACUUCGAACUCGGAUUCGACCGACUCUUCGGCCGACAGUCCGUCGUGUCGGUUGUCGACAUGUCUGGACAUCGGUCGCUGUUCUUCGUCAUCGCCGCUUCGGAUUCACAUUUAUCCGUGGAUUGAUUCGUCUUCAGCCGAAACCAAUUGGAGUCCAUUAUUCGCUUCAAUCGUUGAAAUCAUUUCGAAAUCAGUUUAUUUCGAAUCGAAUCCAAACAAAGCGUGUCUCUUCUUAAACACCGUUUGGGAUACUCUGGACAGGGAUCCGCUUUCAGCCGAUUUCCAGAAACCGUCGGCCGUAAUGACAACGAGUCAGCCAUUACUGGGCGGUCGCAAUCAUUUGGUGUUCAAUUUAUACUCGGGUUCGUGGCCAGAAUAUCGGGAAUUGGAUUUUCAGUUUUCGGAUCCGAAUUACGGAAACGGAAUCCAAGAAAUCCUCGCAAAAGGAAUUCGUGUCAAAACAUCGCAAUCCGAGUCUCUUUUUCGACCCCUUUUCGACAUUUCCUUCCCUCUCUUCCCACGUGAUCACCCCCUUCACGGCCCACCCGUCCGUCCGCCGCUUCCUCCGACGCCUCCCGCGCCUCCCACCCGUUUUAUUGGACGUCGAAGACGACGACAACAUCUAUUGGUAUUCAAAGGAAAGCGUUAUGUCUACGGAAUCGGUUCCGAAACCAGAAAUUCUUUGCAUUUUCUUCGCGAAGACGAAGACGUCCGCAUUCUGACCACUUGUCGUCACGGGAAGCGAUGGCAAGAUCUCAAAGACGACAAAUGCGAUGAAGACGACGCCCAAUACGCCGCCCACGACUUCCAGACUCUGAUGAGAAACGCGACGUUUUGUUUGGUUCCGAGAGGACGACGACUUUCCAGUUUCCGAUUCCUCGAGAGUCUGGCCGUCGGCUGUAUUCCAGUUUUGUUGUCCAACGAAUACGUUCUCCCGUUUGCCGACGUUAUUGAUUGGUCGUCGUGUGUCGUUCGGGGCGACGAACGUCUUUUACUUCAGAUUCCCGAAACUCUUCGUCAAUUCAGUGAUAAUCAUGUCCUCAGAAUGCGACGCCAUUGUCGCCAUCUUUACGAUCAGUUUUUCUCUUCUGUCGAUCGAAUCGUUUUCACUGCCUUAUCAUCGAUCGAAUCCCGACUUUUACCGCAUUCCCGUUUUCCCGAUUUCGUUCUCAACGCAGACACUCUUUCGACACAAUUUCUGACCACUCAAUGGCUUUUCGGUAAUCGAAACCUAAAUCCAACACUUUAUUCUUCCCGAAGACUCUAUUCCAACGAAACUCUGCGAAUAGUGGCCGUCGUUUCGGUCGAUUCUAAUCGCGAUUCUCCCGCAUUGUCUCGUCUCUUAUACCGAACGAUUAUACCGUUGUUAUCGUCGGAAACAAUCGCCGAAAUUGCAAUCGUUUUGCCGGAAAAAGGCGUUUCUUUGCCGCCACUUGUCGUGCAUUCGUCGCGCAUUCGUUUGCAUCGAAACGUGUCGUCGUUCGCAGCCGUCGUUCCGGACGACGACGACAACAACACCGACGCUGUUCUCUAUCUUUCGUCUCAGUCUUUGCUCACAAAAGAAGAGAUUCAGUUCGCGGUCGGCGUUUGGCGUUCUUUUCCCGAACGAGUCGUCGGUUUUGAAGCUCGAAAUCAUUUCUAUUCUUCAGCCAAACAGCGCUUCGAAGUAUCCAAUCGUUGGACAAAUCGGUUCUCUUGGGUUUCAUCCGAUGGAUCUAUUGUUCCGAUGGCUGUCUUGCGGGCUUCGGUCGACUCCUCGUCCUCUGAAUGCCAAUCGCUUUCUUUGGCUUUUAUUUCUUCGCAUUUUUCAAGACUCGCCCCUCUCAAAGUCGGACAACGCAAACACGUGACCAAUUCAUCCAACGAUCGGUCGUUCAGUGCGUUGUCCGCCCGUAGAGACUGUUUCGACGGAUUGAUCCGAUCCUACGGUUACAUUCCGUUCAUUGGUUCCCGACUUCGAUUGGAUCCGCUGUUGUUCUUGGAUUCUGUCGACAAAAGACGCAAAAAAUAUCUACAAAUGGAAUCGAUUUGAAAAAACAAAACAACCGAUCAAUCGAUUGAAUUGAAUAUCCGUUUGGAUCAGCUGUUGAUUGGACUGAAAUAAUGGACAGAAAUAAACCGGAAGAAGAAAACGAAAGAAAAUUAAAACAGAUUUUGUUUUUUUUUAUAAAAACGUUUUAUUCAUUUAAUGAUAAUU